GUACUGCCAAAUAUUGUUAAUGAGAUACAUUCCAAUGACCUCCGAAAUCACUUAUGUAAAGCUAAUGUAAACAAGAAAUGUUGUACAAUGUAAUUCAUUCAGCCUGAAUUCAAAUCCCAACAAAUGAGCUGGCUGCAUAGUGUCUUCCUGCUAUGUAAUGUGAAUAUGAGCCAGUUUUUCUUAGAAAUUUAUCUUUAAAGUCAUCAUUCCUGUUAUGCAGAUUGCUCUCAAGUUGAAUUACCUCAGUCAUGGAAAACCUUCUUCUAAAAGAUCAAAGUUUCUCUUCUUUUCACCACUGAAAUGUCUUCAUUAAAAUUAGAAACCAUCUAAAAGUUUUCAAAGGUGAUGUCUGCUUCGAUUAUGUCUGGGGAGAAGCAAUUUUGGACUGCUCCUUUCGAUCCUCGUUUCCCCAAUACUAAUCAAACAAAAAAUUGUUGGCAAAACUAUUUAGAUUAUCAUCGAUGCAGGAAAGCAAAGGGAGAAGAUUAUGCUCCUUGUGAAUAUUUCAAAAGAGUGUAUAAUUCGAUAUGCCCUAAUGCUUGGACGGACAAGUGGGAUGAACAACGUGAAGAAGGCAGAUUUCCUGGGAAAAUAUGAAUUUUUUUAUAUAAUAUUAAGAACAGAAAUGUUACUCUUAGGAUUAAUUGUAAGGAAUUCUGUUCCUUCUAUCUGUGUAAUUUCUUUUUAGAAUAAAAUGUGUAACUUAAG